CUCUCUCUCUCUGUCCUUUAAUCCAUUCCGGUUCGCCCUCGACAUAGCUGACAGGCUUAACCCUGUGUUAUUACCACGCGCGCUAUUCUCAACACCAUGGCAAUCCAAGAAGUCGCGCCCCGGCGACUUAGUCCACAACGUCCUGGUCGCUGCCAGCAACAGCAUGGACUCACAUUUCGCCCUUCAUAUCACACAUUGCAUUUGCACGCAUUUUUAUUUUAUCUCUUGAUGGCCCUCUCAAUAUUCUCAUUCGGUUCUUCUCGAUCCUCGUUCAACGUCCAUGUCGGUUAUUGCCGAAGCCUUCGUUUGCGGCCCUGGUCGCCAUUUUUCACCACAAAAAGCACAGGGAUGCUUACGACACUCACAGCAGGCUGGUUGACAUUCGCAGAAGGUGUUCCGGUACCGCUGUCCUCAGGAAAUCCUUCACAGGUCGGCGUAGCAGCCGAACUGAUUCGCGAAGGGGGAGACGCUCCUCAUACAUACAGGACAACCUCCAGUUCAAUUGAUUCGUCUACAAAACCUUCGACAACUGUAGACGCUACCCAUUCCAGUCCGACGCAAUCCAGUGCAACUUUCAAGCCUUCUUCCUUGACAAAGCCUUCCAGACAAAGGAAUCCGGGCAGCUGUAGCAAUGUAGAGUCAGGAUCAUGUAGUUUGGCCCAUCCUGAAGGAACCAUGGGCGCCGAAAGUGUGCACGCAGGGUCAGCAACAGUACCAGCUCCAACAACGUUGGCACCAGCAUUAGGUACAACCUCAGAGACGCCUUCAAAGCAUGGCGACAAAGGAGAUCAAACACAAGUCCAGACAAAAACUCCCGCGGUAGACAGCUCUGCAGCACUAACCACCGGUCCCUCUCCAGGGGGCGAGGGAUAUCCGCAGUCGAUGUCGGUUCCCACAGAGGCGAUGGUAUCGGUUGCGGCAGUGGUGGCAGUAGGGGCACUGGUGGCGGGGGUGGUGGUCCUUCGACGACGAAGGCGACAGGGGCAGUGGGGCAACGAUGACUACAUGUCGUACCAGAAUGGGAAGGGAAGGAUGAGGAGGACGGAUCAACAUGUGGGCCUGAACUCGUUUAGUUCGACGAGGAGUGGGUUUUCUGAACCACGCGAGCGGGAGCAGUUCUGGAACCCAUAGAUCAUCCAAUUGGUCUCUAGUGCGGCAUAGUGUGUUGAGAUAUAAUCAUAAAAAGAACGCGUUAUUUGAUAGGCAAGCAGGCGUGCACGUGGUGGACAAAGAAAGAAAC